UACUGUGGUGGCGCUAUACACACAGCGAGCGUCCAUAUACCUAUUCAAUUUCAAGUCGCUUCCGACGUCACCCGUGAUUUCUGCGAUCCGUGUGAGGCUGAGCGAACUGAUCUGUACGGGAAUUCUCUAACUUGCUAUCGAGGUUUUUCCAUAACGUUAACUAGGAGCAACCAAUGAAAAUCUGCGUCUCUUUCGAAGAUCGUCCUCGCCAUUGGCUGUCGCCAGUUAACGAUACCGAAAAGCGUCGAUUGCAAGCUACAGAAUUCCCGUACUGAACUUAAGAACGUUAGAUUAGAGGCAUUGAUAUUUACACAAUUCUGAAUAUAUACGAGACUCACGAUGGAGCAGAACGCCUUCCUAAAACUGUAUAAUGCUCUUUCGAAAAAUACCAACGAUCGAAUUUGCUACUCGUUCUAAGUUGCAAAUACUUAAAGGCUGGUCUAAAAUACGUGGAGUAAGCCGGGAGUAGGAGUAACGAUCUUGGCGUAAGAUGCUUACAACAUUUUCGUCUACAACGGCGGUGUGAGCGUCGAAAUCACAGACCUGAAAGCUAGAAUUGAUCAGGCUUGUCGUAUGGCGGAGGAAUUUACAAAACUGUAUUACGAAUCCUUGGACAAGCGGAGAUACUUGAUUUCAAGAAUGUAUAUGGACAGCGCUACUCUAAUAUGGAAUGGAAAUGGCGUCUCGGGGAAAGAUGAUAUACAAAAAUUUUGGACGGACUUCCCAACCUCGGAGCAUACGAUACAGACGCUCGAUGCUCAGCCAAUUACAGGUCCAGAGGUAGCCACCCAAUUAACGUUUCUCGUCAAAAUCGGCGGCCAAGUAAAAUACGACGACAGGAAUUUCAAACCGUUUAACCAGACCUUUUUAGUUACGGCUGUGGGUGAUAAAUGGAAAAUUGUUAGCGACUGUUUUCGAGCGCAAGAAAUAUUAGAUAACAAUACAAGUUAGCGUACUUGCAUUGUUAACUCUGCUUUGUUAACUAGGUUAAGUUAAGUUAGGAUGUUUUAAAAAUAUAAAUAUAUUAUGGGCUUGUUCUCUCUUGCUACACUGGUGAACCGGGGCAAGAA